AUGCGAUUUACGUUUCUCGUGAUCCUUCGGAUAAUUCUGCUUGCUGCGUUUGGAGAUGCUUCGGAAGAUGAGGAGCGACUGGUUCGCGAUCUCUUCCGUGGCUACAACAAGCUCAUUCGUCCGGUGGAGAACAUGACGCAGAGGGUGGAAGUCAGCUUCGGCUUGGCGUUUGUGCAGCUAAUCAAUGUGGUAUGGAAUGACUAUCAACUCCGAUGGGACGAAGCGGACUACGGAGGCAUCGGAGUGCUUCGUCUGCCUCCUGACAAAGUUUGGAAGCCCGACAUCGUGUUGUUCAACAAUGCUGACGGGAACUACGAAGUGCGGUACAAGAGCAACGUCUUGAUUUUCCCGAACGGUGAAAUCCUCUGGGUCCCGCCUGCGAUUUAUCAGAGUUCCUGCAAGAUUGACGUGACGUACUUUCCGUUUGAUGAGCAGACUUGUUUGAUGAAGUUCGGAUCGUGGACUUUCAACGGAGACCAGGUCUCUCUGAAAUUGUACAACGACAAACCCUACGUGGAUUUAUCCGAUUACUGGAAAUCCGGCACUUGGGACAUCAUCGAAGUGCCUGCUUACCUGAACGUGUACAACUCGUCCAUCCCCACGGAAACGGACAUCACCUUUUCCAUCACGAUCCGCCGGAAAACCCUGUUUUACACAGUCAACUUGAUCCUGCCCACGGCGUUGAUCUCGUUCCUCUGCGUCCUAGUGUUUUAUUUACCGGCCGAAGCCGGGGAAAAGGUGACCCUGGGCAUCUCCAUUUUGCUGUCCCUGGUCGUGUUCUUGCUGCUGGUGUCCAAGAUCCUGCCGCCGACGUCGCUGGUGCUGCCUUUGAUCGCCAAGUAUUUGCUCUUCACGGGGCCGCGGACUCAUAAGAUGCCCACUUGGAUCCGAGUGGUGUUCCUCAAGUAUUUGCCUCUCAUGCUCUUCAUGAGACGACCCAAGAAGACCCGACUCAGGUGGAUGAUGGAAGUGCCGGGUGGCGGCGGUGCCCCGGGCUACGGAGCGGGUUCCCCGGUCCUGGGCAAGGCCCAUUCCAUAAACUUUGGCAACUCCAAGGUUGACUUGAUGGAGUUGUCCGACAUCCAUCACCCGAAUUGCAAGAUUUCGGAAUCGCCCGCGGCACCCAGAGUGAGGUCGAGUUUAAAGCCUAGUUUCCGUCAGACGGAACCUUAA